CAUAGCUGGAGUCGGGAGGGUUAAAUCGAUCUCUCUGUCGGCACGGGCGUACCGACACGAGGCGGCAGGCGUCGCGUCGCGUCGCGUCGCGGCUGGAACGAUCGACCGAAGGCGCGUCGUUUUCAGGCCUCAGUCGCGUUCCGACCAUCGCGCAUCUAACGUCGUGGCGCGUUCUUAGUCGAAACGAAGCUCCUGUUCCUGUCCAGCUGCAGGAAGAGCCGAGGAAGAUCGCUUGGAGAAGCGAUAAACCCGGGAGAGCCGAGAAAGAGAGCGGUUUCUUCGAAGGCCGGCAAGCAGUUCCGCUACCGAAUCGAGCCGAUUUUGAGCAGCGAGCCGGGAAGAACGGCAGACACAGGUCCUGAAGAGCGUAAGAUGGUGACCAAGUGCGACAGUUUCGUUCUGAGCUGACGAGGGUUUCUUUCGAGGUGAGGUCGGGAUUGACUAACACGUUCGAAGGAAGAAGGGGAAGUUCUCGCGGCUGAAAGGCUCGUGCAUUGUGGCUGUUGCAGCGAGACGCAUAGGAAGGCAACAUGGAUCCUUAUUCGUUGAGUGUUGAGCGCGAGGCGUCGAAGAACAUCGAGGAGAACGAGCGAGAGUGUUUCAAGGAUGCGAUCGUGUCGAGCAGAAGUCUCAACAAGGGCUUCGUCGAGAAGACCGAGAUUAAGAAUGCGAUACCGGAGAUCGCCGCCUGCUUCAUCGCCGCGUCUUUCCACAUAGCGGUCGGUCUCUGUAUGGCGUACUCGGCGAUUCUGAUCCCGCAUCUGGAAGCCGAGGACGCGGAACUUCACGCCACCCAGGAGCAAACUUCCUGGAUAGCUAGCGUGGUGGUAGUAUGCGUCCCGGUGGGCUCUCUUCUCGGAGGCUUUCUGAUGGAGACGUUCGGAAGACUGAGGACCCUGCAACUGGGCGCAAUCCCGUGCAUCGCGGGUUGGAUACUCAUUGCCCUGUCCAAUAGCUUCCCGAUGCUUCUGUGCGGUCGCUUGCUGACUGGCCUCGCCACCGCACUGUCCACUUCGCCCGCCAUCGUCUACAUCACCGAGGUCGCGCGGCCGGAGCUCCGGGGUUCGAUGAUAUCCUUCGGCCCAACUCUGGCUUCGUUCGGUAUGGUGCUGGCGUACUUGAAGGGUGCUUACAUACACUGGCGGAUAGUGGCCUGGUGCAGCACCAUCUACGCCCUCGUGCCUGUCUUUCUGGUGCAACUGUUCGUACCCGAGUCGCCGGUCUGGCUGGUCUCGAAAGGUCGCUACGAUCAGGCGAAGGCAGCGGUAGAAUGGCUGUACAAGUUCGAAGGGAAACAGGGGAAGAUGGACGUGGCCCAGGCGCAUUACACGACCAUAGUAAAGGAGAACGAGAUCAAGAUGAACGAGCAGAGACACAGCAAACACGGCAGCGCGUUCCACAAGCUGCGAGGAUUCAUGAAGCCCACCGGCUGGAAGCCGAUAACCAUCCUCUUCCUGUUCUUUUCUUUCCAACAAUUCUCUGGCAUCUAUAUCACUCUGUUCUACGCUGUCACGUGGUUCCAAGAAGUCGGCUCAGGCGUAGAUCCGUACAUAGCCUCAAUCUUAGUCGGCGUAACGCGUUUCUUGUGCUCGAUGGUGAAUACGUGGCUUCUAAGACGAUAUAAGAGGCGAGCGUUGUGUAUCAUCUCGUCCUUCGGCAUGGCCCUCUGCAUGGGCGUUUCCGGUUACUAUACUCUGUUGAUUAGAGACGGUGAUCGUUCAGGCAAUUGGGUGCCUGUGGUGUGUCUGCUCCUUUACGUCUGCACCUCUAUGGUGGGCAUGCUGACCAUCCCAUGGACAAUGACCGCUGAACUUUUCCCCACUGAGAUUAGAGGAAUCGCUCAUUCCAUCAGCUACUCGAUAGCCAAUCUGUUGCUGUUCUCUGCUCUGCAAAGCUACAGGAGCUUGCAAGAUUUCCUAGGUGGAUCCUACGCGGUACAGUGGUUUUUCGCCGGCGUCUCCAUCGGGUCGGCCGUAUUUGUUUGGAUCCUCCUGCCAGAAACUCACGGCAAGAAGCUCUCCGAGAUCGAGGAAUACUUCCAGAACAAUUUCCUGGCCAUCGGAGCCGAAGCGAAGGCGAAGAAGCAAAAGAGAAGAAGACGGACCAAGACCAAUGAGAAAUCGUCGGCCACGCAGCCGCUGAACCCCGCGAAACCGAAACCUGUGCAGAACGUGUAAGAACAAGGUGUCCUGAAUCGUACGGGCUGGGACCGCGACGAAUGAUUCCUGGCCAGGAUUAGUAAUCGUAAGUAAAUAACGUUCGCUCGACACGUGACGCACAGGAAUUACGUUCUAUAGUUAGCUUCCGGAGAGAAGACAGGGAACGAUGAUAAAGUAAGAGUUUUUACGAGCAACGCGCACCGAUCACCUAUGUUUGUAUCUUUAAAUAAUCGUCGAUAAUAGUGUACGGAGUCGUGGGUAGUGUUCGAGAGACGCGUUCUACGGAACCGCGUGGUUCCGUACUCAAGCUUCGCUUGCGCUUCGAUGUUAGAGGAUAAAACACGAUGAAGAAACGCUUUAAUCGCUUGGCAUCGAUCGUCUCGUCAACACCGGAACAAUCCUUGGGUAGAAACGAAGAGAUUAGUGAAGUAUAGGUAAAGAGUGACGCGCAGCGCGGUCCAGUGAAUUCGUUGUUCACGAUAAGAAGACCCAAGUUACAACAGGCGCACAACAAAUAAGAUGAUCGAUGAUACUCGCGACGCGCACUCAUGACGUUUGCGUAGGGUGGCGCGAGGGAUUUAGUUGUACCAAAAAAAGGAAAGAAAGAUGGCAAACCGAAGAUGACUCUACACGCGACACACAAAACAGUAUUACAUGUUGAUCUGAUACAGUCUUCCGUGCGAUUGUCCACGGUUGGCCGUAGAAGAGACGGAUGAAGAUCGUUCGUGCACAACGUUGGCUAGACGGCGGCUAUGGUGUUCCCUUUGCGCGCCGUUUCUAUGGUGAUUCGUUGUUCCCCGUUCGUCGGGCGGACAGAGCAUUCCUUCCUCGGAAAUCGAUUUAAACAACUUCGCUGUGAUCUAACAAUAUUCACAAAGAAAGUCUUAUGAUAGUGUAUCGUGCGUGCCGGCCUGGGUAUUGUUCGAAUGAACUUACCUCUGAAAACGGUUCGUUGAACGACAAAUUGUUUGAUUUUUAUGUGCGUUCGAUGGAAAUAAUAUUUUACAAAGUUAUCCUUAAGCGACAGAGUCUUUAAUAUAAUUCACCGUUUAAAAUAUUAUUCUCCAUUCUGUGCUUUGCAUGCCCAGGUCCGGCAGCCUAUUUCACCUUUGAAUGUUUUCAUUUUCAGUGAACGUGCAGGGUGACUGGAAAUACAUGAUAUUAGUUUAAUAUUCUAUGUAGGAAAAGGUAGACAGACCUUUCUCGCGAGAACUACUCUUCUUGAUCAAAGAAAUUCAUUAUCUAAGUCCUGAAAGUCUAAAGAUUUCUAACAUAAAUGCUGCCUUCUGAUUAACCGUUUAGUACAGUCAGGUACAGACUCGUGGGAAUGAUGAUCACCCACGCAUUUGAAUCAUGUAUUUUGAGGCACCAUGUAGUGUGCAGAGGUGCUAUGUUCGGUGAACAUCCACUUUGAUUCAUUUGACUUACGGACUAGUUUCUACGGCACCUAUCCAUUUGAACAGGUACUUAAGAUUACGACCUUUUGUACGACGUUUAUUCACGUUUAAUAUCCUACAUUUACAAACCCAACCAUUUUUCAAUACUUUUGUACUCCAUUGUAUACCAGAACGAACUACUCGCGGUCUACGAUAGACUGCUAACCGGACGCAUAACGCGCUUUUUAUAAAUUGUAUACAAGAAAAUCAUACAAUGUGAUCAUUAGACUGUGGAUCCGUAUAGACAUUUAUUUAUUUGCGGACUAGUUUGUCGGAAAAAAUAUUAUUAUACACUGAUGUGUUCAAUCCAUUGUUCAGAACAAUAUCAAACUUUCUUCAAGAGUUCUAUUUUAAUAUAUUGUCUAUAAAUAUACGUUACUCCUAUACAAAUUCCACAGUCUAGUAGUUACAAACAAGGUAUAGAAUAGAUCUAACAUUUAAUGUAUUUCUGUGUCAUAUAAAGAACAAAUUCUCAAAACCUUUAAGCGCCUUCCCACUAAUUGCAUUAGCUUAAUUGUCGUUCUUAGAUCCACCGGUUUGAAUCGUAGAGGGCGCAAAGACAAUAAACGGUUCGCGUUUAGACGGUAAUGUAGAACGUUUGGUAGAAACUUUCCAAAAUGUUAGAUCUAUUCUAAUCCGUGGUAUUACUUACAGAGCUGUGGCUCCUAGAUGUUUGCACGAAUAUUCUAUUGCUGACUUAUCGAACGUACUUUUAUUAAAUGUGAUAACCUCGUAAUCCAUGGACCAGGUUAAACGGAAAUUAUCGAUAAAAAUCGUGGCCGAUCGAGCUCACCUUGUCAACGGCAGAUGGCGUCCUGUCCAGUGGAAGUUGCCGAUCGAUUUUUAUCGGCACAGUCCGCUUGUCCGUGAAUCGUUUAGAGAAAUUCAAAUCCCACGGAGAAACCAGUAAAACACAACCAAAUUCUCGAUGAUCGUGUCAGGGAUACCUGGGAAAUGGUGAACUCGCGAUUAAUCAGUGAUCAGGAGAACAGAUGAACCGCUAGCUUAAUUUCGAAAGAUCGUUGGGCAGAUUUGCGUCGAGGUUUUUGAUUCGACAAGUGCCUUUCAUUUUUCGACUAUUCGAUGAUUAUUCGUAAUGAUAUAAGUGUGCAAGCAUAUGCGAGCAGAGUAGCGUUUGGUGUUAAUGUACUUUGUAUCGUACUAUACGGCAUGCUUGUAUUCCAUAAGUAUACAUGUACGUAUGCAUACAUAUGUACCUACGUCUAUAUGUGUAUACCAUUGUAAAAUUUCAUAAAAUGUUUCUAAUAAAAUCGUAUUUUUGGAAACCACAAA